AGGGAGCGCUUCGUGGAGCAGCGCCGAGGCUAUAUAAGGAGAGCAGGCGAACGUCGCGGGAAGUCGAAGGCAGCGAACGGAGGAGGUGUCUUGCCAUGGCUACUACACAGUCUGCCUACAUAUUUGCACUUUGUAUUUUAAUGAUAACAGAAUUAAUAUUGGCUACAGAAAGCUACUAUGACAUCCUUGGUGUUCCCAAAAAUGCAUCUGACAGACAAAUCAAGAAGGCAUUUCACAAACUAGCGAUGAAAUACCAUCCAGAUAAAAACAAAAGUCCUGGAGCAGAAGCAAAAUUCCGAGAAAUUGCAGAAGCAUAUGAAACAUUGUCUGAUGAAAAUAAACGUAGAGAAUAUGACCAAUUUGGCCAUGCUGAAGGAAGAAGGAGCAACAGCAACACUUUCCAACAGCCAUUUAACUUCAACUUUGAUGACUUGUUUAAAGACUUUGAUUUGUUUGGCCAAAACCACAAGACACAGUCAAAGAAACAUUUUGAAAAUCACUUUCGGAGUCAUCAGCAUGCUCACAGCAGGCAAAGACGUUCUUUCCCAGAAUUUUCUUUUGGCGCAGGACUGUUUGAUGAUAUGUUUGAGGACAUGGAGAAAAUGUUUUCAUUCAAUGGAUUUGACACACACCAGCAAACAAUGCGGACUGGAAGUAAAUUCCAUGGAUCUAGUAAGCACUGCAGAACAGUCACUCAGCGUCGAGGAAACAUGGUUACUACAUUCACAGACUGUUCUGGACAGUAAUACUUCAGUUUGUUUUCUUCUGUUCUGCCCAAUGCUACUUUUUCUUUCUAUCUCUUGCUGCAGAAAUACAAAAGUUAUUCUGCGAACUGUAUGAAAUUUAUAGCUUAAUCACUUUAUCUGCUGGAAAUAAGCUAUAGCUAAAUUUAUGCUUAUUGACAGAAGUGCAACAAAGCGCAAAGUUGGGAUGCCAUUAAUUUAUUCCUCGGCCUGCAUAGGAUAUUCAUAUGAUGGAGAAACCUCCAAGUGACAAUGUUAGGUUGUAUCUUAAAAAAUAUAUAGAAAUGUUGCCAGAUUACCUCACUUAUUUUGUUUAUACCUCACACUUGGUGAAGUGCUGAGUUGGUGAUACAGUAGAACUUAUUACCAUUAUUAUCAAGGAUCCAUUUCUAUAAAAGUGUUAACCUAUUGAAUGCUUGUGUGAGCUGAUGUUUGUAACUAGCACAGUGUUUACCUACUGUAAACCGCAUUUGUGCAAGUUGUCAGUAGUGACUUUAAAAAUGCAACCCCCUUCCCCCAAAUCCCACAUUAAAAUUUGACCUAUUUUGA